AUGGUACCAUCUCUAUUGUUCCUCAUGGUUCUUCUACUAUCGACAACAAGUGCUAUUGAGCCGACAAAACCUGCGACAGAGGCGGCAAUAGUUGCUCCCGCUCUCCUUUCACUCGACGCCGUCCCACCUUGCUUCCGGAAGUGCUCCGAAGAAUAUUUCACGAAUUUGGAAAACCACUACCUCGCAGGCAAUUUGGAAAGUUUUAUGGUUUCAUCUUGUAGCUCGCUACCAAAUGUCGUUCGUUGUUUGAACGCCACAUGUGAAGUGAAGGUUCAUCGAAAUUUUGCAAUUGGAGCUCUUUCUGGAAUUGAAUAUCUUUGCUCGCAAGCACAAACAUUUGCAGGAGUACUACCUUGUUCGAAAGUCUACGCGCAUAUUUCUGAAAGAUGCAGCCACUGUAAUUUGUACAAGUCGACUCGCAAUCUACUCAACUCAAAGGAAGUGCGCAGAAUUCUCCGCAAAUCGUCUAGCGCUUACGAAGUGCUCUCAUAUGCUGGCGACUUUUGUGGAAAUUUCACUUGUUCUCUUUUCUGCAUGCGGGAUUAUGUAGACACUUAUUGCAUGAAGAAUGGUGCCAAAUUUGUGGAAGUUUUUCUUCGACCACUCUCUCGUCUCUACGCAACUUAUAUGUCAUCAGCGCCGGAAGAUCAACGAAUUUUAAAUGCACAAUUGCCUAAACAAUGCCGACGACUGAUGACAAAAGACACGCUGAAGACUCUCUUCUUUGAUGAUGACUUUAUUCGAGAAUUGAAUGAAUGGGUUGUCGCACACAAGCGCGCACAAUUGGAGCGUGCACACCGAAAGAAGAAUCCGACGACCGAAUUCAAGGGUAUCAAGGAUCCGUUCUUGGAAUUCUUGAAGUCGCUCGAGCGUCCAUUUUAUUACGGUUUCAUCCCAUUCUGCUUGGUGCUCAACUUAAUUGCUUUGGUGAUUAGUAUUAUUUACUGCGUUCGAACAACGGAAAGCGUCCGAAAGGCUUCAUUGAUACAAGUUGAGAGAAACCCGGGCAACUACAUGGACCUCCGAAAGAAAACGAUCAAUCACAUACAAACGCAAACGCGAAGACACAUGAAGAAUCUU